GUGUUCGGUUCGGGACACGAGUAUUCUCACGGAUUAUAAAAAUCAAAUAGGAUCCCCAGCAAACAUGUCUUUUAAAUUCUUAUUUAUUGCAUCUGCCAUUCUUAUCGCUUUGUGUGGCGCUGAUGUUUCGGAAAUUAAGGCGGCUAAAGUGGAUCUGCCUUUCAAUGACUUACUGCCACCUUUGCUGGAUGAAUCGAGCACCACCACGACUACCACAACUGUGAGGCCCAUCACAACUUUGGCCACAAAACCCACCAAGAAAUCCUAUUACCAGAAGCCAGCUCAACUGGCCAAGGAGGACAAAUCGAAGGCCGUCGCCAGCAAGCCGGAAGUACAGCAACUGCAUCUGGAUCUGCUGCCGCCAUUCGAAGAUGAGGCCAAGCCAGCGGAGCAGAAGCCUCAGACGGAGGUGAAAACUACGCCAAAACCUGUGGUCCAGGUCACUCAGCCGGCAGUGCUUAGAGUUGCUCCUCCGGCUGUUCCCAAGGUCACUCCUCAGGCUGCUCCCCGCCCGCAGUACGCGGUUCAACCAGCCCCAGCUCCCCGCCCACAGUACUCAGUUCAUCCUGCCCCCCAAGCCGUGCAAACCAUCCAUGCCCCUGCUCCAGGAAGCGGGUUCCAGUCCCGAUUCUCCAACUACUUCCUCACCAGCACCGUUCGACCCAGACGCGGUCCUUUGCCCACGAUCACUCCUUUCCCGCGCUUCGUCAGGCUGUAGGAAUCCAUUUAAUUAGAUUAGACAAGCAUCCAUUCAAAGGCCAAGUCAAGACAUCAAAUAAAUAAGAUACGACACACACUGA